AUGGAGGCCGCCAGCGAUACUCCAGCACCACCGCCCGCCCCGGAGGCGGACGGUAUCGUUCCACCACCACCGCCAGUCCUCCCACCGGGGUUUCCAAAUGGCACCAACUUCCACGAGCUCCUCACGGCCACUAUGGCACCACCACCACCCUUCAAUCCGUCCGCUCUCAACGACAUUCCACCUCCCCCCAUGCCGCGUCAGCCUCAGCCCGACUCGCAAGAUCAGCAUCCCGACUCCGAGGAUGGUUCACGCUCCGGCAGCGAGAACGAAGAGAGUGAAGACGAAGAUGAACAUGACAAUUACUGGCACGAGAUGCCGGAAGACAAGACGGCGCCGAGCGAAGAUGAGCUUGCGUGGAUCAACUCCAAGACCGAGCACAGCGCUCUAGAUCAUGAGCAUUGGGAGAAGCGGACCUUCGAGACGGCAGAAAUGGAAGAUAUUGAAUUCGUCCCCAUUGCGAGUGGCCGAAUCGACUGGUCGAUCGAACACUACAACGGCACGAGAGAAAACCCAAACACAGAACGCAUCAUGCGCUCCCCGAUUGUGAACAUCGGUGGCUACGACUGGCAGAUCAAGUUCUUUCCAAAGGGAGAUCGCAGCGAGUACUUGUCGGUAUACUUGGAGUGUGUCACGAUGGCUUCACCAGACUUUGAAGAAUACGGGGCCUUCGACAAGCCUCCCUUCCCGUUCCUCAAAGGCGUGGAAAAGAUCAACAAGCGUCGCGGUGUUGCUGUACAGUUCUCCGUCGUGGUCUACAACCCCGAGGAACCGCGCGUGAACGCCAUGCAGCAAGAACAGCAUCAGUUCUGCAAGAAGGCGCACAACCAUGGCUGGCGGCAUUUCACUUCCAUGUCCCGCUACGACAUCAACCUCCGCCAUCAUGGCCAGCGCCAAGCCCUGCUCCGCAACGAUAAGCUCGCCUUCAAAGCCUUCAUUCGUGUGGUCCACGACCCGACCGGCUGCCAAUGGGUCCACGACACACGCACAGCUGAUCAGAUGACAUCCCUUACCGGCCUUCGACCGUUUACAAAGUCAUUGCAGUACGUCGCCGUCGCGGUGCCGCUGUUACAUUUUGCGCCAUUCCGUCGAUUCGUUCAGGACCUUCAAACUACAUCUGCUUCGCAACUGUCGAGGUGGCUACACACUCUGCUUUUGAAAAUGUACACGCGGAAGCGUUCCACGAACUAUGGCGUUCGGGGUCCAAUCCAUGACGGGGACGUCAUGGAGAUGCUGUGGAGGAUGUCACUCUGCUUUCAGAACGAGUAUCCAGAAACACCCGGUGAGCUCAACAGUCUGAUUGGGAACUUUCAUUCCGACAAAGGCUCUGCAUCCGGCACAAGCAGACUGAACACGAAGGAUCACACGAGCAUUCAGACUGCCGUUGACAAUCACCACAAAGUCAUCGCUCGACCUGCAUUGCUCACGCUGGAGCUGCAGCGUCAAGAGCACGACAAGAAAGAGCGCAAAUGGAAGAAGCUGACCCACAAAGUCAAAGUUGACGAGGAGAUCUCUGUCGGCGGGACGCAUUACACCCUCUUUGCCUUCAUUACCCACAAGGGGCAUCUGCAAUCCUCGCAGUACAACUCCUACGUGCGGCCGCGGGGUGCGGGCAAUGGUUGGUAUGCGUACCGCGACUCAGUCGUGCAGAGACUUACUGAAAAGCAAGCUCGCGAUAUCCACUCCGGGACUGAAGAAGGCGACAAGAAACCGAAGACUCCAGAAGACGGCUACGACUCACCAUUUUCCGAGGCAUCGCCUUCGGAUCGCGAGGUCACCUGCGUUGUCAUGUACGUCCGCGAUGACAUGACUGAGGAUACGUUCAACGCCUCCGACGUCGAGACUUGGGUCCCACCACAGGUCGGCCAACAAGAGCCGCCCAAGACAUCCAUUCACGAGGACUUUGGAUCUGCGAACGGCAAUGUACUUGUUUACGGCGCCACCGGUCAAGCCACGCUUUCUGAAGAAGAGUACGUACGCGCCUGUAGGGAGCGCAUUGAAGCAGCUGCCGCCGCGCCGACGCCGGAGCCGCUUCUCAUGGACGGCGAAGAUGUCGUGAUGAGAGAUGCCGAUGACGACUCUGCCUUUUCGAUCGACGGUCAGCAGACCACUCCGACCAUGGAUGACAGCCUCGAGGUCGGCACCACGGAUUGGCUUGGCCGUGCGUACUAUGAAGGCCACUGGCAAGACAAUAAGUACCACGGCGGCGGCCACCUCAUCGCACUGAACGGAGACGAAUACAUCGGUCAAUUUGCCAAGGGUCAGAAAUCAGGCUACGGCAAGAUGAUCUACUCGGCGACUGGAGACGUCUACGAGGGCGAAUGGAAAGAAGACGAACAGGACGGCAAGGGUAAGCUGGUCUUCUCCGCGACCGGCAAUGUCCAUGAAGGCACUUUCAAGGAGGGCAAGGCCACUGGCGAAUUCAUCCUUCGCGGCACCGUCACCGACGACGACAAGACCACUUGCAAAGUGUGCUACGACAAGGAAAUGAGCACGGCUUUCUACGAUUGUGGCCAUGUGGUUGCGUGUCGGGAAUGCUCUGCGAUGCUGGAAGUCUGCCCGGUCUGUCGGAAGCGUAUCGUCGCGCGACUGCAAUUAUACGGCGUUCGCAUUUCGCAGUGCUAG